AUGGCUUUUCUCAAAAAAAAGCUCGCCAAUGUGAAUCAUUCUUCCCGCUCAAGGUCGGGCUCCACUUCUUCUAGCAGGUUUCAUGCGUCACCAUCAACACCAAACAGUCCAGAGUUCAAGCUCCCAGAACUGCCCCCCAAGAUCCCUGCUGAUAAGAACAGCUUGAAAGCAACACCUUUCCACUCACAUACCCACCCCAUAGCUAGGAUUGUGCCUCGUCCACUUGACGAGAAGACAGAUGUUCAAAAUAGUAGCGGCUUCACCUUCGAAGAGGAUCAAUCCAACGAGGUUCGACAAAACGAGGCUCGGCAAAACGAGGUUAAGUUUCCCUCCAAAAAAAACUCAACUGUUAAAAACACACCAAAUUAUGCAGUCUCCAAUAGUGCUCCGGGAAGUACAUACACUGGAAUUACAAACUCUCCUCAGCAAGGACUAUUAUUUUCUUGGGAUGUCACUAACCCAGAUGAAUGGAACAUGGUUCGAGUUCUUUCAUGGUUCCGUUUCAAUGACUUCGACGAGUCUUGGGUUGCAUACUUUAAAAAACGUCAGAUACAUGGACGCAGUUUUUUGAAGCUGAUGGCAUAUGAUAAUUUCUUGGAACACGAAAACAACCUUAUCCAAACCAAGACAUCUUCCUACAAAAGAUUCCAAUAUUUGUUGAAAAGGACUCUCGAACAAAAUGUUGUUAGUGGGCACAACAGAAAUAGAAGCGAUAAAUCGAACGGGUCUCGUAGCUCAAGCGAUUCAGUCAAAAUCAGGAACAAAAUGAAACAAGAAUUUGAGCACAGUAGGUCGAUUUCAGAAACCAUGGUCGCAGAAAACAAAAGCAGCGCCAUUGAUGUUAACGAUGAAAAGAUUGUACCUUUGAGGUCUCAUCAAAAGACCAGCAGUGCGAGUUCACUUUAUCGAAGAAGUUUCAUAUCUUUGCUUGGGAGCUCAAGCCAAGACCAAAUCAAACCAGAUCCUAACAUAAAUAUCAAAAUUCCUCCACGGCCUGUAUCAUCCGCUGAAAGUAUUAACCAACCAGAUCGAUGCAAUAACCGCACUUGCUCUUCCCCAAUAUCACCUAGUUAUUCUGGGAUCUUCAGACGACAGCAUAAAAGCAGCUCAUCAGAGUCUUCAAUUUUCAAUACUCUAUUUGGCUCAAAUACUGGGGGUAGCAGUAACAGUAUAGCGGAAAAGCCCGCUGAAGAACAUAAAAAACCGAGGCCGGUGAAGAGCUCAUCUUUAGAGAGCCUUCCGCGAGAGAAAUCUAGUCUAAAUUCUUCCGAAUUUCCAUUACCAAAGCAGUCGUAUCCAUUAAACGAUGAGAAGUCACGGCUGUGGGGGAAGCUUAAAAGGAAGUCCUUGCAACCUGAUCUUUCUGCCACCAGGUCAACCAGUGCGCCUUCCGAAAUUGAAUUAUCUGAGGAAAACACAUUGGUUAACACCAAUCUUCCGGAAUCUCAGGAAUUCAACUGGGAAGAUUUCGUGCUAGAAAAGCGCUUUUAUCCCUUGAAAAAUUCCAAAACAGACGACAGGUUCAUACUCAUAACAAAAGAUAACAAAUCUUUUAUUCCCUUGAAUAUUGGCAUUAUCACAAAUCUCGAUGAACUCAAAGACUCCAUGGCCCUCACUCUUGGGAUAAAACACAAAAACUACACAAUUCAUCUUACCGAUUUUGGGUGCGAUAUUGGUUGUGCCAUAGAGGAUGAUUUGCUCGAGACUCUUAGGGGAAACAUGUUUAGUAAUGUUCCUAGCAAGCUGUUCAUUAAGGACCAAACUCCAAUUCAGUCAAAGCCAGAAAUCGUAGAGCCAAGUAGUGAAGUCACUGCAUCUGGCCAAUUAGUUAAAAACAAAAGGACAGAGUUAUCAGCUAACAGCAGCAUUAUAAAUUCCAAUGAUGACACAUCCACAAUAACUUCAUGUUCUGAUGCAACAUCAUUUGAUGACAUUGCGCGUGCAGCAGGAAGGGCCGUAUACCCACAGACCCCGAACUCUUAUUACGGAGCUGUCGUUACCAAUCCAAAUUCAGAGGUAGAUUAUUGGACAGUCAAAGACAAUCUGCCAGAGGACCCUCAACAGAGUCGUGGUUCAAAAACUCGUCAAAGAUUUAGGCCGAGGAAAAGUUCUGGCGCCGAUUCCAAUGUACCAUCGGGUAGCACUGACUCCGAUCAAUCAUUCCAAAUCAUUCGGAAGAAAAGUAAUGACGAGAUAGACUUCAAUAACAGGCGAGCAUCUCCCUAUGUUAAUCCAGAUUUCGCGCCUCGAAGGGAAGCUCCGAAGCCGCCUUCAAGCUCACAGAACUCAUUGGUUUCUACUGGUUCCAACAGCUUAGCAAAUUCCCCCAAAUUCAAUCGGAUUCGCGCAAACACAGCAUCGCUAAAGCGGAAAGCACGCCCCCCACCUCCAGCCUCGAUUUUGAACCAGCUCUCUACGCGGUCAUCCAACGGAUCUUUACGUACUUCCAAGAACACAGCUGUCAGCCCUUCUGAGUCCGUCGUUCAUUCCUACACCCCUGGUUCCACUCAGGUUCUUGUACCCCAGCCUUACAAGGGUAAUAGUGACACCAUAAAACCGGGUAUCCUGGAGGACUCUAUUAUUUCAUACACUCAUCCGCCAUUUGUAAGUCGUUCGGGUUCUUUACAAUCUACUGCUAAUUCCGUUUUACCAUCUCCCCCUCAUUUGUCUAAAAGAUUUAGUACAAAGAGAAUUGUUUCCUCUGCCUCGGCGGCUGAUAUUUUUGAUGAAAAUGAUAUUUCGUUCGCUGAUGCACCAAACCUUACUGAAUCGGACGAGGAUCGUCACAGUGAUUCCUCUGACGAGAUCAUUUGGUCAUCACAACGUAAGCAGUGCGAGCCAAAAAAGCUUGACGGCACAAAACAGGCUACUGAAGACUCGGAUUGUGAUAUCGAUGAAAAAUCGCUUAACUCAGUUGAUUCUGCGACAAAUACUCACCUUCAUUUUCCCACCAGAAAAAUGACGUUGCGUCCCUCCCCUGAAGUUGUCUACCAAAACCUUGAGAGGUUUUUCCCCGGGACGGAUCUUGACAGACCAAUCGUUGAAGGAACAACACCGCCACCUUCACCAAGGAUCGUUAAAGCGAGCUCCCCCAAAAUAUCAUCACUCGGGAAUGAUCAACCAGGGCCGGACCCCGAGCCCAGGUCACCAAACAACUCAAGGGUUGGAACUCCUCAGACUAUGAUAUCAAAAUCGAUGAACGAUUCACAAGAGGUUCUCAGUCAGAGCUCCAAUGUCUUGAAAAUCCCCAGAAGAACAAAAACCAUUAGAAUAAUAGCAAGAGAAGCAAGCGAUGCUAGGCGCAACUCCAAAACAAGGAGCCUCGGUCGAAAAAACACCAAGAUGUGGGGAACUCGAGUAGUCGAGGUUACCGAUAAGAAGACUGUUGCGAUAAACAAGUCUAAGAACUCCAACGGCGAGUAUAAGGAAUUUGCUUGGAUUAAAGGUGAAAUAAUAGGUAAAGGGUCAUUUGGAUCCGUUUAUCUUGGUUUAAAUGUGACAACUGGAGAAAUGAUGGCGGUUAAACAAGUUGAGGUGCCACGCUAUGGAUCGCAAGACGAAACAACUCUGAGUGUAUUAGAAGCUCUCAAAUCCGAGGUAUCUACAUUAAAGGAUUUGGAUCAUGUCAAUAUCGUUCAAUAUCUUGGGUUCGAAAACAAAAAUCAUGUCUACAGCUUGUUUUUAGAGUAUGUGGCGGGUGGAUCAGUUGGCUCCUUGAUAAGGCUUUUUGGUCGCUUUGAUGAGGAUCUCAUAAGGUUCCUUGCGGUGCAAGUAUUGAGAGGGUUGGCCUACCUUCAUUCCAAAGGGAUUUUACAUCGUGACAUGAAGGCAGACAAUUUGCUAUUAGAUGUUGAUGGCAUUUGUAAGAUAAGCGAUUUCGGAAUUUCUAAGAAAUCAAAUAACAUCUACUCCAAUUCUGAUAUGACGAUGCGGGGAACAGUAUUUUGGAUGGCACCAGAAAUGGUCGACACAAAACAAGGAUACAGCGCGAAGGUUGAUAUUUGGUCAUUGGGAUGCGUGGUCCUGGAAAUGUUUGCAGGCAAACGUCCGUGGUCCAACUUUGAGGUUGUUGCAGCAAUGUUUAAGAUAGGGAAGUUCAAAUCAGCCCCUCCUAUUCCUGAAGACACUCAGAAGCUGUUGUCAGCGGAAGCCAAAAGCUUUCUGGAUGCUUGUUUUGAAAUUGAUCCUGAAAAAAGACCAACAGCAGAUGACCUUCUAUCACAUCCAUUUUGUGGAGUCAGAAGUCGAUUUGUUUUUCAGGAAACCAGCUUGGCUAGAUUUAUUCGUUCAAAGCCUGCUUAG